UGCGUGAUUUGAGCUCCGUAAAAAUAUUUAAAAACUUAAUUAAAUAAAAGGUUUUAGGUGAUUAAAUAAAUCUUAAGAUAAUCUGCAAGUGAAGCUUUAUAGGAUUUAGUAAAAUACAGUUAAAGUAUUCUACUAGAUUAAUGUUGAAAGUCAGUUAAAUUCUGCCUCUAUUAAACGCGACUUAAACCAGUUUUCUGCCAGAAGCGACUUUCCCAACUUCGUCGUUUCAUACAAAGCGUCUACGUCAUCAAGUGCAGUCGCACUCUGUUAUAGAUGCAGUAAAAUAUACAAAAUUAAUCAACAAAAACUAUUUAAAAAUACAAUUUGUGCAUUAGUUAACUAAAUAAAGCUGAAAGUGCAAGCCAAAGUCAUGGAAUUUGUGCCAAAAAACGUACUUCAAAAUUCAUAUGAAUAUGAAAGAGGUCAGAGCAAAGGCCACAAAGGGUGCUCCGUUGGCCGAAGCAGCGUAGUCUCUGGUGCAGCAGGCGCAGAAAAGACUUGAUUGUGUUGGUGUGCGUUUGUCUGUGUGGCGCUGUUGUAGCAGCAGCAGCGCAGUCAGCGUCAAAUUUUCUCUACAUGGCAACUGCAGUCGACCGAAUGCAAUUUGAGUGUACAAAGAAAACGGGUCUUUGUUCGUUGGAAAAUCGACAAUGAAGGGUUGGGCUGGUCGUUACCUUGUCGAACUGUGGAGCUUAACCAAACCAAUGGGAGCUGUGUUCAAUAAACUCGAACAGGAAAUAAUCAGAUUGCACGACGACUGAUAAGACAGGACAGAUGACGAGAAGGUGAUCUACAAGUGAGCUGUGCCUGGCAGGAUUUGGUAUUUAUGACUACUAUUCUACUUGCUACCAAGCAUCUCUAACGAUCCACCAAACCACCACACAUACUAAGUAUAUCUCAGGCAGCGUAAUAAGCGUGUAUCAUGUUAUAUAUUCACAUUUGUAUAUACAAAUUUAUAUCUAUAUAUAUGCCCCCCAUAUUUAGCUAAUAAGUGCAUUUGCAGAUAAACCACAUCAACCAAAACCAAACCAAACUACAACAAAUCAACGCAGCGCUAAUAACAAUUUUCUCUAUAAACCCUUGCAACUAUUUACAUAUAUUAUUUAUUAUAAUAUUUAUAUGUAAACCUAACUUAUGUCGUAAUCGAAACCUUUGCAGCUCCCAAAUACCAAACUGCCUAUGCUUGCGAAGGUAAGAAACUGACCAUCGAAUGUGAGCCGGGCGACUUAAUCAAUCUGAUACGAGCCAACUAUGGACGCUUCUCAAUAACCAUUUGCAAUGACCAUGGCAAUGUGGAGUGGAGCGUCAAUUGCAUGUUUCCUAAAAGCCUCACUGUGCUGAAUUCAAGAUGUGCUCAUAAACAGAGCUGCAGUGUGCUGGCGGCCACUAGCAUGUUCGGUGAUCCCUGUCCAGGCACGCACAAAUAUUUGGAGGCACAUUAUCAGUGCAUCUCGGCGGCUCAGACGUCCACAACCACCAAUAGGCCAAGUCCACCGCCCUGGGUGAUUAGCAAUGUGCCGCCCAUCUUUGGCAAUGGCAGCGGUUUGAUACAACCGCCAGCUCCACCGCCUCGUCUGCCCACGCUGCCGGGUGUUGUGGGCAUACAUGGCAUCAAUGCAGUGCCGCCCACGCAUGCCACGCCCAGCAGCAGCACUUCAACAUUGCCAGGAGGCAGGCUCAAGGGAGUUACUAGUGCUAGUACAACCACCAAGCAUCCGGUUGGUCGACAUGAUGGACUUCCACCACCGCCACAACUGCAUCAUCAUCAUCAUCACACGGACGAGACCACGCCCACCAAGCCCAGCAGCAGCGGAAGUGCUAGCAAUGUCACAGCUCCAUCGAACACACGCAUUCUGACUGGAGUGGGAGGAUCAGGCAGCGAUGAUGGCACCUUGCUGACCACCAAGAGUUCUCCCAAUCGCACGCCGGGAACUGCAGCGAGUGCCACCAAUGCCAGCCUAAAUCUGGGUGCGGGAGGAGCUAACAGCGUUGUGCGCACCAUAAACAACAUUAAUUUGAAUGCAGCUGGCAUGGCGGGCACCGAUGAUGAGUCCAAGUUGUUCUGUGGUCCGACACAUGCGCGUAAUCUCUUCUGGAAUGUUACACGAGUCGGCGAUGUCAAUGUGCAGCCAUGUCCUGGAGGUGCUGCCGGCAUUGCCAAAUGGCGCUGCGUGCUGAUGAAGCGUCUUCCCGACACGGGCUACGACGAAUACGAUGAUGAUGUGGCGGUUGCCAGCAGCACAACACUUUUGCCUCCAACCUCUGGGGCCGAUUGCUUGCACAACAGCAGCAGCUGUGAACCGCCCGUGAGCAUGGCUCACAAGGUGAAUCAAAACCAGAGACUACGUAACUUUGAGCCCACGUGGCAUCCGAUGACACCGGACUUGACGCAGUGCCGUAGUCUUUGGCUGAACAGUCUGGAGAUGCGUGUAAAUCAACGCGACUCCUCGUUAAUUUCCAUUGCCAACGAUCUGUCUGAGGUAACCAGCAGUAAGACACUCUACGGCGGAGAUAUGCUGGUCACCACAAAGAUCAUACAAACCAUGUCGGAGAAGAUGUUUCACGACAAGGAAACGUUUCCCGAUCAGCGACAGCGCGAGGCCAUCAUCAUGGAAUUGCUGCACGGCGUUGUCAAAACCGGAUCCAAUUUACUCGACGAAUCACAGCUGUCUUCUUGGCUUGAUCUUAAUCAGGAGGAUCAGAUGCGUGUUGCCACCUCACUGUUGACUGGCCUGGAAUACAAUGCUUUUCUCUUGGCCGACACGAUCAUCCGGGAGCGUAAUGUUGUGCAAAAAGUCAAAAAUAUACUGCUCUCUGUGCGUGUCUUGGAAACAAAGACUAUACAAGGCAGUGUCGUAUUCCCGGACUCGGAUCAGUGGCCACUCAGCUCCGAUCGCAUUGAACUGCCUCGGACUGCGCUCAUUGAGAACAGCGAAGGCGGCCUGGUGCGCAUUGUGUUUGCCGCCUUCGAUCGCCUCGAAUCCAUCCUGAAACCGAGCUAUGAUCACUUUGACUUGAAGAGUGCACGCAGUUAUGUGCGCAAUACAGCUAUAUUGUCCAACGAUAGCGAUGCAUCCACAGGGGAGUUGCAGCAACGCAUACGCAUACUCAACAGCAAGGUAAUCUCGGCCAGCUUGGGCAAGGGACGUCACAUUCAGUUGUCGCAGCCAAUCACACUCGUAUUGAAGCAUUUAAAGACGGAGAACGUGAGCAAUCCCACCUGCGUGUUUUGGAACUACAUUGACCACGCUUGGUCCGCCAACGGUUGCAGCUUAGAGUCCACAAAUCGCACUCACAGCAUCUGCAGUUGCAAUCAUUUGACAAACUUUGCUAUACUCAUGGAUGUCGUGGAUGAGCAUCAGCAUUCGCUGUUCACCAUGUUCGAUGGGAAUAUGCGCAUCUUUAUCUACAUAAGUGUUGCAAUUUGUGUGAUUUUUAUCAUCAUUGCGCUGCUCACGUUGAAGCUCUUCAACGGAGUCUUCGUCAAGUCUGCACGCACCUCGAUUUAUAGCAGCAUUUACAUUUGCCUGCUGGCCAUUGAGCUGCUCUUUCUGCUGGGAAUCGAACAGACCGAAACAAGCAUAUUUUGUGGUUUCAUUACCGUCUUUCUCCACUGUGCCAUACUCUCCGGCACCGCCUGGUUUUGUUACGAAGCAUUCCAUUCGUACUCUACGCUCACAUCCGAUGAGCUGCUGCUGGAGGUGGAUCAAACGCCCAAGGUGAACUGCUAUUAUCUGUUGUCCUAUGGCCUCUCCCUCAGUGUGGUGGCCAUUUCAUUGGUGAUCAAUCCCAGCACGUAUACGCAAAACGAUUACUGUGUCCUCAUGGAAGCCAACGCACUCUUUUAUGCCACCUUUGUGGCGCCCAUUUUAAUCUUCUUUGUGGCGGCCAUUAGCUACUCCUUUUUGUCGUGGAUCAUCAUGCGUCGCAAGAGUCGCACUGCCCUGAAAACCAAGGAGCACACACGUCUGGCCAAUGUGCGCUUUGACAUACGCUGCUCCUUUGUGUUCCUCCUGCUGCUGAGUGCCGUCUGGUGUUGUGCCUAUUUCUAUUUGCGUGGCGCCAAACUGGAUGAGGAUGUGGCCGCCAUCUAUGGCUAUUGCUUUGUGUGCUUCAACACGCUCUUGGGCCUCUACAUAUUCGUGUUCCAUUGCAUUCAAAACGAGAAGAUUCGACGAGAGUAUCGCAAGUAUGUGCGACAACAUGCCUGGUUACCCAAAUGCCUGCGCUGCUCGAAAACAUCCAUUUCCUCGGGCAUUGUGACGGGCAAUGGCGGUCCAGGCGUCGGAGGCAACACUGCCAACUCUGCUGGCACAUUGUCCAAGUCAAAGUCUAAGCUGCCGCUGGGCACCAGCGAUGAGGGACGCGACGAGCAGGAACAGCAGCAGCAGCAUGAGUUGCCGGCCUCUGAGGAUGCCAUCAUCCUCGCUGGCGCCAGCUCCGACUGUGAACUGAACGAAGCUCAGCAACGACGCACGCUCAAGAGUGGACUCCUAACCGGCAGUUUGCAACCAGCGCCAGUUGGUUCCGUGGUGCUCGAGCGGGGCACACUGCGCUCUGCCGGCAUUGCCAGCGUUGGACAUGCCUCACCCACCAGCUCCGCUGGCUCCACGCAUCUCAUCUUUGCACACAAGCAACAGCAGCAGCAGCUCCAACAGCCUGGAGAGGCCUACUAUCAUCAGCCAGAUUAUUACAGCUGGAAACAGCCCGCACAAGGUCAACGCGAGUAUUACAACAAUGCUGGAGCAGGAGGAGGAGGAGUAGUUGGUGCAGGAGUCGCUGGUGUCGGUGCCGCCUCGCCACAGCAGGCGCAUGAGGUAUUCUAUUGGACGCAAAAGCACAACAAUCAGCAUGGCAAGAAGAAGCGUGGAGCAGGAGCUGGCGCUGUGCCCGCCUCACCAAGCGGUUCGCUGCACAGUCGCGUCACAGCCGCCUCGCAGGUGUUGUUCUAUCCAUCGUAUAAGAAGACAAGCGGCUUAAAGCAGCCGCCGGCAUCACAGCAAGCGUAUCCACACUAUGCCGAGGCAUUGGAUCCACCCAAUGCCGCCUACUAUCAGCAGCAGUUGCAGCAGCAGCAACAGCUGCGCCAGCAACGCCAGCAACAACAACAGCAGCAGCAGCAACAACAGCUGUCCUCGGAUGAGGAGCAGGCGGAACAGCAUGCUCAUCUCCUCCACUUGCAGCGUCGCGCCGGCGGACAACAAUUGCCAGCGCCGCCGCCACACAUUGCGCAGUAUCAGCAAGAGUUGUUGGCGCAACAACAGCGCCAGCAGUAUAGAAAUAAGCAUUCCAACUGUGAUCUUAGCCAGAACAUGGGCUUAGGCAUGACCAUGGGCAUGGGCAUGGGCCUAGGCGAUGCCUAUUACAAUCAAGGCAGCAAUGGUGGCGGCGGCGAUGGACCCGUUUACGAGGAGAUCUUGAGUAACCGCAACUCGGAUGCGCAGCACUACGAAGUGGGUGACUUCGAUGUGGAUGAGGUGUACAACAACAGUGUCGGCACCGGCGUCUUUAACAAUAUGCGUGCCGCCGUUGCCGCCGGAGGCAGUCGCUAUGGUGGCAGCCUCAGUGGAGGCAGCGUCUCCUCCAGAACUAAACAGCAACAGCAGCAGCAACAACAACAGCAGCAGCAGCAGAAACAACCACCACGUCGCUGUGCAGCUGAUGAUGACGACGACGAUGACGAUGAUGAUGAUGAGUAUGAUGACGAGGUGACGGCAGCGGAGCAACUGCACGACAGCGUCUGUGAUGAUGAGGAUAAUGAGAGCGAUAUUGAUGAUGAUACGCAUGGACUGCCGCCUCAAAGUGAUGAGCGCAUGCGUCGCCUAAUGGCGCUCCAGGACGAGGACUUUAAGCGGCGGUUUCAACGCCAACAACGCAAAAAUGGCAUGCCUCUGGAUUAUGGGGCGCCAACCCAAUCCGUAGCAGCAGUUCAUCAGGAGCACAAUAAUGCGGUUUUUGGGGUUAGCGGCGGCGUUGGUGAGGGCUCCAUGCGUGGCGCAUACCGGCAACAACAGCAGCAGCAACAACAACAACAACAGCAGCUGAAUGCCAAGUCACCGAGCGCACGCUUGGCGGUAAAUGAGCUAUUUGGUCAUGGUAAUGCCGGACCGCCGCUGCCACCGGCCAACCAGACGCCAGCACAAAAGCGUCAGCAGCUACAGAAAUUAUCACCACAGUCCACAACAUCAUCGUCGUCGCACACAUCGCACAGUAACCCGCAACACGCUCCCACACAUCAUCUCCAGAAUCAGCAACAGCAGCCGGCGCGUCAUUUAUCGGCCAUGUUGGAUGAGAAUAAUACGGUGCGCUGUUAUCUGGAACCAUUGGCCAAGUAAGACAAGAGAAAAACGAAUAGAAAAUGAAACCGCAACUGGAGCAACAGUAGCAGUAGCAGACAGCAGCCCUCCACACACUGCAUGGCCGACGUCUUAGGCAAAAAUUGUAGCUUAGGUUUAGCUAUAACCUCUAGUAUUAGUCAUUAGUCGAAAUAUGGAGCAUUGUGUGAAACAACAUGCUGUCAUGUCAUGCUAUACGUGCAGUGAUUCGAGAAUCCCAAAACUUUAUAUAUGUAUAUGUAACUCAAUUAGACCAUAGGCUAUAAAACCAACCAACCAACCAAGAAACCAAGCAACCAAUGCGGAGCAAGCUAAUUACAAUAUGCAAAUGAAAUGGAUAUUGAUAUUGAUAUUGUCAUUGUCGAUGCUCUCAAUUUAUACCAACUCGAUAUAUAAAUGUAUGUACUGUAUGUAUAUGUAUAAUGUAAUACUAAUACUAUGUAAUGUAUAACGUAUGUGAAGCGCAUACAUGUCACCCACAUGCCAUUUUUAAGUAGUUUAUCAAUAACUAUGCAUAUUAUACCAUAUAUGUAUGUAUAAUAAGAUAAGAUCUGAGAACUGUAUGUAAAUGAUAUAUAUUAUAUUUAGAGCGAGCAUAUUAUAUAUUUUAUGUAAUUUAUAAGAAGUCUAUUGUUUAUUGAAUUCUUUCUGUACGCUGAUUAAGAACUUGAACUAGACUUAAGCUUGAGAUUUGUUUCGAAUUUAAUACUUUGAUCUUAAAAGAAAAGACAUCGCAACGUGCUGUAAAUGAAGCUAAGAUGACGAAACUGUUUUUUUUGCCAGUCUGGUCCCAAAUUGCGAAACAAAUCUUACGCACAUUGUUUUUAUUAUUUUUUAUUUUCUGAUUCUAUUUGUAUGUCAUUUGUUAUUGCAUUUCUUUUGAGCGUAUUUUAAGAGAACCAGCAAAGCAUUUCAAGUGUACAUUUUCAUCAAUAUGCUUUAAGCACAGAUAUAUAGGACAUUUAUUUUGUACUUUAUUUUUUUUAAAUAAAGAGCAUUAAAAGAUCGCUUUAUUAUAUGUACGAGACAAGAAUGUUAUUGCUAUACAUAAAUGUCUUUAGAAAUAGCAUCACAGACAUGCUAAAUUAAAACCGAAACAUUAACAUAUACCUAACUUAUAUAGCAAAAAAAGAUUUCAACCAAACCUCACUUGUUAACUAGGAACUAACUGUAAAACUCUUUAAACUAGCUACCACAAAAAAAAAUUUGAAACUGAACUAUCAAGAGACACCUUUAUUUCCCUAAAUGGCUCUAGAGAAUUUCCACGCAAGUGUACAAAACCAAAUAAAGAGUAAAGUGCAAAACAUAAUAAUACUAAUAAUACUUAUAUGUAAACUGCCUGCACAGCUCUUUCCCAGUCCCAGCAUGAACACAAAUUAUAAUUAAAUAAAAAAAUAAUAAGACAAGCCUAAUUCAAAAUGCCAGUUAGAACACAGCAAUUGAGAAACAAAACUAAUUAUGAGCACAAAUACACCGAAAAUUACUUCUAAAGCACCAGCUGCUCCUAAUUUUUAUAAAACAGAAAGAAAUAACAAAAGAAAACAAACAAAUUUACUAACAGCAUUAAAUUUAAAUAGGUGUAAAUGGAUUGCAAAAUGGAAAAUAGCGGUGGCAUUGCUACAAUUAAGACAAAGCAGAUGGUUAAGCAAAUUGAAAA